AUGGCUAAAAGAACAUUGGGCUUGGGUAAAGCUGCUAAACAAAGAAAGAAACAAAAAUCUGAAACUCCAGAAGUUGAUAAUAAAAUUAAUAAAAAAAAUGAAGCUGAAGAAGAUUCAAAUAUCCCACAACCAAAAUCUAAUGAAAUCACUGUGGAAUUAACUGAAGAAGUUGAUGCUGAUGAUGAAUUAGCACAAUUGAAAGGUCUAUGGAAUACAUUCAUCAACUCUGAAAGAGAUAAUGAAUUAGUUAUAAAUGGUAUUGUUCAUGAAUGUGAUCGUUUAUUAAGAAAUCAAAAAGAUGAUAAUAAAUUACCUGCAGAAUUCCAUUCUAUUUAUGCUAUUUCCCUAAGUGAAUUAGCUGUUUUCCAUACAGAUGAUGAAACUGAUGGGAAAACUAUAAAAGAUUAUUUUGAAGCUGCUUUAGAAAGAAUUGAAUUAGGUCAAGAAACUUAUCCAAAUUCUAUUGAAUUAAAAUUUGCUAAAAGUCGUAUCUUAAUAAGUAGAAUCCCAUUAGAAUAUAUUUCUAAAUUAGAUUUACAAUCUGAAGAUAAAUUAAAUUUAACCAAAAUCUUGGAUGAAGCUUUGAAAAAUUAUGAAGAAGCUGAAACUAUUGUUAAAGAAUCUAAAAAAUUUGAAUUAUUAGAUAUAAAUACUUUUGAAAUCUUGAAAGCUUUAGAUGAUUUAUUAGAUAUUGUACAAAAUUUUGGUAAAGAAGAUAUUGCAGAAGGUUUAGAUUCAGAUGCUGAAGAAGAUGAAGAAGAUCAAGAAAUUAAAUUAUCCAAAAAACAUCCAUUAUAUAAAUUACGUAACAAACAUGAUGAAUAUUUUAAAUGGUUAAUUAAACAUGGUGAAACAUUUGGAUUAAAUAUAAUUUCAAAAUUUGAAGAAUUGAAAACCAAGAAUGAAAAAGAAUUAAAACUUUCAGAAUUACAAAAAUUAGAAUUUUUUAAAUCUACAUUUCAAGAAAUUGGGAAAUUAUUUUUACAAGCUUCAGAAAAACCAUCACAAAUAUUUACCACUAUAACUUAUGAUUCAGAAGUUGAAGAUGACUUGGUUAUUGAAGGUUAUUCAGCAAAAGAUGCACAACAAGAAGCUAUUGAAUAUACCAAAAAGGCAAUCACUUAUUUAGAAAAAGCUGAAGAUGAAGAAGAACCACAAACUUGGGUUGAUGUUGCCGAAGCUAUCAUUGGUUUAGGUAAUCUUUAUGAUUAUGAAAGUAAAGAACAAGAAUCAAAUUAUGAAAUUGCAGAAAAAAAAUUAAGAAGAGCUAAUAAUGCAACCAAUGGUAAAUACCAAAAAAUCUUGGAUAACUUAUUAAACGAUGAAUAG